GCUGCUGCUGCUGCUGCUGCUGGCCUCCUGGAAGACCCCGGGCUUGGUGGGAGCAACGGUGCCAGCAGCCCCCGUCAAUGUGUCGGUGACCCAGCUGAGGGCGCACUCGGCCAUGGUGACCUGGAACGUCCCUCAGGGCGACGCCGUCAUCGGUUACGCAAUCUCGCAGCAGAGGCAGGACGGCCUGAUGCAGCGCUCCAUCCGGGAGGUGAACACGUCCAGCCACUGGUGCGUGCUGUGGGACCUGGACGAGGACACGCACUACAGCGUCCAGGUGCAGUCCAUCGGGUUUCAGGGCGACAGCCAGCCGAGUCGAGCCAUCCAUUUCAGGACUCUGGAGAGAACCGACCACUAUCCAGCCGGAGUCCUGGACCACCAUGAGCCGGCGAUGGAGGGUCUGGGUAUGACUCCACACCUGCAGACCGGGGAGCUGCUCAUCAUCACCACCGUGCUGCUGCUGUGGGCAGCCGUCAUCGCCCUCUUCUGCCGGCAGUACGACAUCAUCAAGGACAACGACUCCAACGGCACCAAGGAGAAGGCCAAGAGGCCGCUGGUGCGCUCCACCUCCUCCUACUACAACGCCUCGGCCGGCAGCUCGCCCGUCUACCACAACGGCGGCGUGCGCAGCGGCAGGCUGCACCGAGCCUCUUCCUCCAUCAGCAUCAUCAGAGUCUGAGCGCUCCUCAGGAGGAGCCUCAACCACCAUGAAGUCCAACCAGAGGCGCUCUGCUGCCCUCUGGUGGCCACCUGAAGGAGACGGCAGGACGGUGAAGAACCUGCUUUGAUGUCAAACAGCUGUGAACUUUAUCAGCAUGUAAAGCCUCAAACGUUCACGUCUGGAGUUCUGGUCUCCUCCCAUGUCACCGCUGUGGGUGUUUCUCCCUCUACCGUCAUCAGAUUGAACCUGUACAUACGCUGGAGGGUCAGUCCGCUGUACUUCUGAUUUAGAGUUGAUGGUGUUGGUGACAUGCACUGUAAAAAAUCAUGUCGUUGAAUUGAGGUUUUUUAUUGUUACGUUAAGAGAAAAAUAAAAAAAAGAAAGCUCAUCAAAUAGUAAAACAUUUGAUCAUGUUACCAUCAAAACUGUGCGAACGUCAUUUGAAGGAUUUUCAAAAUAAAAGUCACUAUCUCAUAUUGGGACACUAACAACAUUAGAUUCCACCUGCCCUGACGGCGCAACGGCGGAUUUUAAAAGUUCACAUCAUAGUACGAUGUUUGAACUUCCUUAGGAAACCUUUCUAAAUAUGAAUUUUCAGUAUUAGGCUGGUAAAAACGUGAGUAUUGUAGCUUUAAAAACUAAAAAUGCCAACACGUAGGCGGAUUGCCAUGAAUUCCAUAGUUUUAAACUAGAGUGGCAGCGGAUACAAUGGUUGCUAUGAAAACUAUGUUUAAGGUAGAAGCAUAAAAAUCGGCGCACACGUUCAUCAGGACCAGGUGAGAAAAAAAGCCAAUGGUUGCUAUGGAGUUACUAUUUAAAAUCUGGAUGUAAGUGACUAGUAGAGAUGAAAAGAUGCUUUUGUUUUGGGUAGAAUGGCAUAAAGUGGUGCACUUCUGUUAUGUUCUGCAAUGAUUAAGCUUGAAUCAAAGAGGCUAGAUAAGAAUAAAUUCAGAUUUCUUUUCUGCUGCAGGGAUCCAGCAGUUCAUACUGGAUGAGAUGUUAGUCUCUCUACGAAACACAGCAACCUGGUUUUCUAAGAUUAAUAUUUAAUGUUUUCUUUGCGGCUGCAGCACAUACUACCAGAAUGUAAACUAAAGCGGUGUGUGCUCGUCGACUGGCCGUUACAUGGCGUCCAAAUGACGGGCGGAUUGAAGUCAGAAUACAUGAAUCACAAACGGUGGCAGCAGGUGCAUAGCAACCACACCUUUUCACUCACCUCGUCUGAAGAUCUGUCGUAAUCUUCCUUAGCAACCGAGUAAUGUGACAUUUAUUCUAAAACAUAAAACCAUAUCAGACUUACGGAUGUGAUCAGCUCCAGACUCUCAUCUUCAGCCUGGUUGCCAUGGAAACACAGUUUAAUUAUUGAGAUCAACUUGAACGAAGGACAACUCUGACCACUUGGACUCAAGAUGGCGCCCUCCGCUAAAAGGUCAAUUAGCAACAUUCCUCGUCGUGUUUGGACGAUCUCCAUUGCCAUAGCAACCGUAUCCAAGGAUGAACGCCUCAAAACUGCUGCGUAAGUUGGAAUGGCCUGAAGCAGCUUUCACGUUCGUUUUUAAUGUUGACGCGGAACUUCGGACAAUCUGAGCGUGUCGAUGAGCUGUCGCAGUGAACAAGCCUUUGUAUGAUACCCGAGUGGUGAUUCUCAUACUUCUGUUUACAAGGACUUCUUUUACAUUGAUGUACAGAAAUUUCAACCUAUUGAAAAUGUGAAUAAAGUUUAUUACUAAGGUGA